CCGGCCAUGCUGCGCAGCCCCCAGCCCGCCCCGCCGCCCUCCAAGACGCCGUUCCACAUCGAAGCGCUUCUCGCCCGGGACCCGCCGCGCCGCGGCCCCGCCAACGCCUCCGCCCCGCCGCCAACCCCGCGCUGGCCCGCGGCGGGACCGGGCCCCGGGCCGGGGCUGGGGCCGCUGCCGGGCGGCUGGAGCUGGGGAUGGGGUUGGGCCGCGGCCGGGCGGGGCGGCGCAGGUCUGGAGUUGUCUCACUGCGUAGGGGCCAACUCGCUGGGCCCUGCGGUGCCCUGGAGGUCCGGGGGGCCCUGCAAGAUGAAGAGGGUCCGGACGGUCUUCAAGCCUGAGCAGCUGGAGCGGCUGGAGCAAGAGUUCCUCAAGCAGCAGUACAUGGUGGGCACGGAAAGGGUCGAUCUGGCCGCCACGCUGCAUCUCACGGAGACUCAGGUGAAAGUCUGGUUCCAGAACCGCAGGAUCAAAUGGAGGAAGCAGAGCAUGGAGCAGAAGGCGGCCAAGCUGUCCCAGUUUGGGGUGAUCCAGCCGGCCAGCGCGGACUCCACGGACAUCAAGGACCACGAGGAGGACACUGUGGAUGUUGAGCUUUGAACAGAUGCCACUGUUGUUUUUUUUUCAGCUGCGUCUGCUUGAUGGAGAUACCAGGGAUGCAGGCGUGUCUGUGCGUCUUUGGUCCAAGUGAGACAUUGUGCUCUCCAUCUGAGAGUUGGAGCUACAGGACAAACUGCAGCUGGCUGGGAAGAACCCCUCAAAUAUUUUAUUUCGUAGCCAUGUGCCAUAAUUCCCAGGGGUUUCAUCACCAGGCCGGUUGUCCUUGAUGUUGCCAUAGCUGUAGCAAGGCAUGUGAUGUCCUGUUGGCUCUUGAAGCACCAGGACACACCAAGUUCCCAGCAGAGAGGUUGGGGUGACAAUCAGUCUGAAGGACAUUCAAACACGGGGUCACUUGCAUUUUGUUGUGUCCUCCUGUGCAAGAAUCAACCCUUGACUCCCACCUUUGAUGCUUAGAUCACAACAAAACAAACAAAAAAAAGAAAAUUUGAAAGCCCUUUGCUCCCACCUGCAGGCUCUCAGUACUCUUGCAAUAAGAUGAUCGGAGUCUGAUCCUGCCCCUGAACAGAAGUGCCUCCUCUUGUCCUGUGCUUGGUGUUAUUUGUGCCUUUGUUUUGGCUUCCCAGACCCAGAGGGCAGAACCCGGUGGGUCUCUGCCUUCUGGCAUUGCCUUAUUGCGAGGUGUGCGUGCGGAACGAGGCACCCGGGUUGGCUCAGGUGUGGGGAUCGAGGCUGUUAGAGGAAAAAAGCAGAUUUCUAACACCUCUGGUGCUUCAGACGACCCCCUGCCCCUCGUCCAGAUGUGCCGAUUCUGGCCCAGACGGCAGCCGCACUGUUUGCUCCUCAUUAUCCAUCCAGGUGCCACGGGAAAUGGCACCUGGAGCGUUUGGCCAGCACAUCUGGAACCACCCGAUGGAGCUUGCGCUUGUGUUUCUGGAGGGUGGGAGGAUUUUUGAGGGGUCAGGAUGAAGCACUCGAGGCUCCCCGGCUGUGUGUGAGCAGCUCUGUGCCCUUAGGCCAGGCUGCCACCACUCGGGAGGUGACAGCCUGAGGUGACAUCCCAUCUUCAGUCUGCUCAGGGUACCAGACACCAUGUCCCGUCGGCUCAGCAUAAAUUAUUGCCUCUCUUUUUGACACAGAACACUGUAUAUCACUUUACUUUUAUAUUGUUAUUUAUAGAAAUAACUUUUUUUUUCCUUAAUAAGUGUCACUUAUUUAUUUGCUUUGUUUGUUAAUAAAAAUUAGUGUAUUUUAAAAAGAGAUGGGGCUGGCUGGGGGAGGGAGGGUUGGGCAGCUCCGUGGUUUGAGCAGGCAGCGAUGUCUCUGUGGCUUCUUGUCCCACAGCUGCCAGGGAUGGGUUAUUGAUCCUUUUUGCUGUGUUUCUGAGGAAAUGGAGGAAAAAAAGAGGAAAACACACCUAUUUCUCCUGCUAAGACCCUUGUUGGUAAAAAGCAAUAGCUGCUUUCUAACAGCAGAACUCACAAAAGGGUGAUUGCUUCUCUCACGUUUUCAUUCCUGACAUGCCAAUGCAAGUAUGAAAGCAGCUUUUUUUUCCCCCACACUUGUGUGUUUGCUGGUAAACCUGUGUGUUCAUCUCAAGCUUGAAUAUCUGAAGUGGAGCAAGAGCUUUUGAAGAGAUCGGCUGAAAACCUCUGUUAAAAAAAAAACACAGGAAAACACAUUUCUAACUACUCUCUUUAAAAUUUCCCAUUGAGAUUAUUAACAAAAACCUCCAGUGUGUUUUCAUCCUCCCCAAAAGUUUGAGGUUUCUUUUUUUCUUAAUAAACCAUUUUUGACAACACAAAAACAGGGAAAAAAGGGUUUUUUUUUUGAAAUUGAUUGGUAACCUGUAUUAUGAGUGAAAGUAGAUAACAGCAAUUAUCAUUUCUGGCCUAGUUCCUGCAGAGAUAGAGCUAUUAAUAUAUUUAUAGAAAGAAACAUAAUGUCUAUAACAAAUAUUGUGGGCACCGGGGCUUGUUCAUAAGACACGAAAGAUGCUUUGAAGUGUUGCUGGUCUGGCCACAACUCAAGCUGAUGCUCUAUGGAUAAAACACCAAAACCUUAAAAAACAGGACCUGUAAUGCAAUUAUUACGACAAUGGUUAUAUGGUGUCCCUGCACGAGCCAACAGUGACAUCUAGUGACACAAAACACCCCAAAUAUUAAAUCUUCCCGUAUUCCCAAACCCGCCUGGUUGAUGAAAAGUAAGUCGGAGGCUGAACACGCACUGUGUGAAUUAGUAAAUACAACUAAACACGCGUGUUUGUGGAUUUUAGGCAGUUGUAGGCAGCCUAGCAGGAAUCAGUGAUGGUGCAGGGGACAAGUUGGUGUGUUUUGAAGGUUUUUUGGGGAAAGCUGGGCCAGUUUUGGGCAUUCUUUAUUUUAUCGGCGCUGGGGAGCUCUGGGGAUCAUCCUCCCUAAGUGCUCCAAUGACUGGAUGCUCUCACGUUGCUUAUAUUCACAUAAUUAUUACAUAUGCAUUACAAUUUUUGGAAGUUUUGACAUACAUCUAUACUAAGAAAUAUUUUAUGAUGUUAGAAUUGUUUAGUUUCUUACUUGCAAUACAUCUAUCAAUUAUUAAAUAUAAACUAAGC